CAACCUCCUUUGUAUCCACUGCACUCUUAAAUGCCACUGUAGCAGGAGUCAACGACUCAGCACAAUUGCAUUUCUGCUGAUGGGUAGAGCUCUUGUUUGGAAGCGGCCAGAAGCAGGCGCUCCAGCACCAGGAGCGCCUGCAGGACCCGAUAAUCCUGGAGCGACCGGGGGCGCGGGCGCUGCUCCGCCGAUGAAGCGUCCCCCGACAGGGUCGCCUCCACAGGGCCGCCCCGUUGGGCCGCCAGGAGCUGCCCCGCAGCAGGUGCCGCAGCAGGCCUGGAGCCAGCAUCCAAUCGCACAACAGCAACAUCAGCAACAGCAUUCGGGUUUCCAACCGGCGCACCCUCACGGCGGCGGCCGGGGCCGAGGGCGGGGGCGGGGGCCUUACCUCGGACGAGGGGGGCGGCACCCGCACGCAUACCCACACGCGCCCACUGCGGUGCCUGACUCUGGAGCUGAGGGGGAGGCGGUGGCAGCAGCAGCCGCAUCGGGAGCAGCACCAGGAGGUCCUGGGCUAUCUCGGCCACGAGCAGGGGCAGCAGCGCACCCGCCCAGCGCUGGUCAGACGCAAGAGCCUGGGCAGGGGCAGGGGCAGGUAGCAGCCAACGGCUUCCACCAGCACGCACAUCAUCAACGUCAGCAACGACAGCAUCAACAAAACCAGGACCAUCAACAUCACCCGGAUCAGCACCAACACCAGCACCAACACAGUCAUCCGGACCAGGACUCGGAACCGCAGCUGCGGCCGGUGAAGCGGCCACGCACGGAGCACGGUGCGGCGGAGCAUGCCCACUCGGCGCCGGCAUCCGGCGUGGGUGCUGGUCCGGCAGGCGCAGGAGGUCCAGGUGCAGGAGGUCCAGGCGCAGGAGGGCCACGGCAAGGGGGCGGGCCUCCUGGCGGCGCAACUGCAGCGGGAGCAGCUGCGGCGGCAGCGGCGAAGGCAGAAGCCGAGGCGGAAGCGGCGGCGAAGGCUGCCAAGGCCCAGCAGGAGGUGGAGCGGCUGAGGCGCCAGCUCGCAGCCAAAGAGGCGGCGCUUAAAGCCAAGAAGGCAGAGCAGGCUGCCAAACAGGCCGCGGAGCUGGCACAAAUGGCGGCCCUCCAGCGGGAGGCGGAGCAGCGGCGGGCGCAGCUCACCCGCGGGCUGGCGGCGCUGGCGGAGGCCGUGGCGCCAGAGGCCGAGGCGGCGGGCGGGGCGGGUGGCGGCGGCGGCAGCGGCUCGGCGGCUGUGAAGCUGGCGGGUCCUGAGGACGUGGCGCGUGUGUCCAGAGCGGUGUCGGACUACGAGGUGCUGCAGCUGCUGCCCGGCUGCACCGCGGUGGAGGUGCGGAAGGCGUACCGGCGGCUGGCGGCGUCGCUUCACCCGGACAAGUGCACGGAGGCGGGCGCGCAGGAGGCGUUCAUCCGUGUCGCAGACGCCUACAAGGCACUGUUGCGGCGUGGCGGCGGCGGGUGAUUCGCCAUGUGGGCGGGAUGUGGGCCUUAUGGGAUGUGUGCGUGGUUGUAGUAGGAAGGGGCUGUGAGCCAAACCAUGCAAGUUCAGCCUGUGAUCAGUUGGGACCAGGGGCGGUGGUGGUCAAGAGUGCAUACGAGGCGACGCGAGUGCUUUACUUGACAGUCUGCAAGUAGACGCAUGUGUUGACUGUGUUGCCGUCUUGCUAACCAAGAGCACCAAGGAGAGCGCGUCCCGUGUCCGCGGCUGGUCAGGAGACCUGAUUGCCGCAGGCUGGGAUGUGUGUGCAGGUUGGGCACCCCUGGCUUCAUCGUGGCGGCGGUGUGUCGGACCUGGAUUCAGCGGUAGACGCACUGCUGUAACAAUAACUGCUG